AUGUUUGCAACACGUCUUUCAACCGUUUUUCGGCGUACGACAUUUUCACUCAUCCAUCGUUCAUCUUUUCUCUCUACUCAUAUUCCUAUUCAACAAAUUCGUCCACCGCAAACUACUCGCCUUGAUCUUGAUCAAUUACUUGAAAGACUUGAUGGUGAAGCUCAUCGUCGUGGUCGAUUGAACCCUGGUCUUGUACGUGGUGCAAUGCGUAAAGCUGCUGUGGAACUUGAUACAAUCAAUUCCACACAAGCUCUUCUACUCAUUCGAUGUACUGGUUCAUUACUCAUUAGCGAAUUACCACGUCAAAGACAACAAGUACUUGAUCAUAUGAUGAAAAUAUUCAAACAAAAACAUGUUACAUUGGAUGUAACACAUUAUAAUUCAUAUAUGCGCGUAUCGUUACAAAAUAAUCAUUUAUUCGAUCCAAUAAACAUAUUAGGCGACAUGAGAAAAAUUAACAUUACACCAAAUUUAACAUCAUUUCGUUUAUUAAUUGAAUGUUAUGCGAGACAAGGUCGACCGGAUGAUAUACAAAAAAUACUAAAUGAAAUGAAAAUAGCUAAUUUAAAUAUUGAACCAUUAGUGUUAACUCAUCUGUUAAGUUCAUAUGCACUAAAAGGCAAUGUCGAGCGUGUAGAAAGUUUAUUUAAUCUGUUCCAUGAGUUAGAAUUAAAACCCAUUUCAGAAACAUAUGAACAAUUUAUUGUUAGCUAUUUAAAACAUGGGCAAGUCGAUCAAGCGACGAAAUAUUUCGUGGAAAACGUAUCAAAAAUGGAUAAUGAAUCAUUAUUUCGGCUAAUUAUUAAAUGUGCAGAAUGCCAACAAAAAGAUUUAUUUCAACUUGUAAUUAAUUCGCUUGAUCAAAAUAGCCUUGCUGAUAUUUGCGUUCAAUAUAUUCUCUGUGCAACAGAAUUAUUAGAUGCUAAACUCGACGAUUACGCUUUCCUACUGAUUGGUUCGUUUCCAAAACGUGAUGAAACUCUUCAUUUCGAUGUGAUUAAUUUAACUAUGUUAAAUAUAUUAAAAAUUCGUCUACCAACACAUCAUUUCCGUCCAUUUUCGGCUUUAACACUUGAUGAUAUCAAUAAUAAUCUUGAAGGUAAGCUCUUUUCUACUUUUCUUUCUCAUCAUAAUCUAAGAAAUCGUUAUGGGUGUCGUUGUGACUCGUGA